UAUUAUGUAACCGGCAGUGGACCGAGUCGUACGCACGCCAACUCGCGUUAUUACUGCUCUCGCAUUAGUGGAUCCUUAACCGGGCCGUCCGGUCGCAUCUCUGUGGCGGCCGAUCCACCCACAAUUCCUUUUCCCAGAUCAUUUGUGUUUAUUCAACAUUCCAGAUGGAUGUACUUCGAACAAAGAGAGGACAACAAGCAAGUGGAAGAAAUGGAAAACGUGAAUAAAGAAGUCUAAAUCGCUACCAAUUGACUGUUGUACGAGCAUUUAUUUAUCAGUGAAUGUGUCAGUGAACAAUGCAUAAUAAGUGUUUUGGGCAUGUGUGGAAAUUGUAAUAAAAGUUAUUGAGUAGUCGUUUGUUUUUAUACUUAAGAUUAUAGCCAUAAUAUUGUGACAUCAGAUAUGAUCGGAUAUCGGUAGAGUUGUUUGAAUUGUGCGGUGAGUUUAUUUUCGAUUUCUGCGAGUGUUUGUGGACGCAUUAAAGACUGAUAUGGCAACACGAGAGUGUUUGCUUACAUAAAGCCACAAUAGCCCGCUAGCUGCGGCCCGUCGGUGCAGCACUCAUUCAAUAUCAGAUCGUCUAUUUAUCUUGCUGUGUGGAUGUGCUAGAGCUAUAUCAACAAUGUGACGGUAUAUUUACAAGGAAUUUACUCGGACUGCUAAUAGAAUAAGGCGUAAUUCCCCAUCCAAUAUUUUUCCACGUUGAACAAACAAAAUUAGUUGCUAUCCGCUUCAGCAAACACGAGACAGUCCGCCAUGGAUAAGUCAGGAAAAUCGGAAACAGUUGUGUCUCAAGACACGACUGAGGAACUCCCUUUGAAGUCGGAAGCCAAAGAAGUUCAGAACAUGUCAUUUAUGGAGAAGCUGAGGUUUGUGAAAUCGAACGUAACGGUGGAGCCGGUGCUGGCAUUGUUCGUGAUGCCAAGCGUGCUGGCGAUGCUGGCGACGCAAAACUUGAACUUGGACAAAGCGUGUCGUGUCAAUCUAGGUUUCGGGGAUGCAGUUUGCAACGACUUGCGGCUCCGAAAACGAGCGAACCAUACUUUUGAGGAGGACGAAGUGCAAAAACUGAUUGCGUCCGUGCAAGCUUGGAAAAGCGUCGUUCACACAGCGGUACCUACAUUGCUGAUGUUCUUCAUUGGAGCAUGGAGCGACAAAACUGGCCGGCGGAAGAUUUGUAUGCUAAUGCCUAUCUUCGGGGAGUUCAUGACGUGCAUGCUCAACAUGCUAAACACGUACUUCUUCUAUGAAGUCCCGGUGGAGUUAACAGUCUUUAUGGAGGUGAUAUUCCCUUCUCUCACGGGCGGCUGGUACACUAUGUUCCUGGGUACAUUCAGCUACCUAGGGGAUAUAACGUCAAAAGAGACUAGAACAUUCCGGAUGGGUAUCUUGAAUUUGUGCAUGACAGUUGGAUUCCCUAUUGGGAUGGGUCUGAGUGGGGUGCUUCUCAAAGUAUUGGGUUACUACGGAGUGUUUUCUAUAUCUGCAUUCUUCCAAUUUUUGAACUUUUGCUAUGUGUUUUUCAUGAUUGAGGAUCACACUUGGCUCGAGAAUAAAGAAAAGGUGAAGCGGACGGGUUUUACCGGUUUCUUUAUUGAGUUCUUCGACUUCCAAAGUCUAAAGCAAACUUUCGAGAUAGCGUUCAAGAGAGGCCCAAACAACAGGCGGCUGCGGAUAUGCCUCAUACUGACUGUCGUGUGCCUCACUUUUGGACCCAUGUGGGGUGAGCUAAGUGUAAUGUACCUGUUUGCCCGGUACCAAUUCAACUGGGAUGAAGUCAAGUACAGCAUUUACUCCACGUUCAGUCUUAUUACACAUUCCGUAGGUACACUGUUCUCAAUAAGUGUGUUCAGCAGAAAACUAAAAGCAGACGACGCGGUUUUGGGUAUGAUAUCGACGACCAGCAAAAUCUUUGGAGCUAUAGUACUAGCUUUCGCCAGAAAUGACUACGAAGUUUAUAUGUCUCCCCUAGUAGAAAUACUCAACGGGACGACAGCCAUAGCCCUGCGGUCGAUCGCUUCCAAACUGGUGUCAUACCAAGAACUAGGGAAGGUGUUUUCACUGUUUGGGGUGGCAGAGACCACGAUGCCUCUGAUAUUCGCCCCACUGUACUCGAAGGUGUACCUAGUGACACUUCAAGUGAUGCCAGGCGCUGUCUUCCUAAUGAGCGUACUAGCAACGAUACCUGCUCUUGGGAUAUUUGGAUGGUUCUACCAUGAGCACAAAAAGGACAAGAAAGAGAAGAGACUGGACAUACCCACCACUCCGCCCGUGCCUGCCGAUCCACCCAUAGUAGCCGCCUAAACAUAAUAAAACAUAAAACUAAUAAGUUUUAGGCGACUUUAGCAGAGCGCGACAGACGCGCUGCGGAUAAUUUCAUACUAUGUGACAGCGGAUGCAUGCCUUCACAUUUUAAAAACGCCGCUGCCGCGCUGCUGUCGCGCUUCUCACGCCCUAGUGUGAUACCAGCCUUAUAGUUCUGUGGUCUAUAAAAUGUGAUAUGAAGUGGGUUGUAUUGGAAAAAAUAGAAUGAAAUGUAAAUGUUGCAAAUAUUUGUUAGUUAAUAACCAGCCACUUGCAGAAAAUUGAAGUAAGCUUAAACCAGUUGAAGUAUGU